AUGGACUCAGCGAAUUCAUUUGGGAAAUCGCCAGGGUUCGUUAACCUCUUAGCAAGCCAAGAGGAUAACACUUUCAACUUUUCCCCAACCAUAGAUCUUAGCUCAUCCGAAGUUCCCUGCUUUAGUAGCCAACUUUCACAAGAUGAUCCAAGUCCUGUGACUAAAGAUCGUGUACCACGGAGGAUUUGGUCACCAGUUGAAGACAUUGUCCUAAUCAGCGCUUGGUUAAACACAAGCAAGGAUCCGGUGGUUGGUAAUGACCAAAAAGCUGGUGCUUUUUGGUUGCGCAUUCAGGGAUUCUUCAACAACAGCCCCAAGUUAGCCGACUAUCCGAACAGAGAGGCAACGACUUGCAAGCAGAGGUGGGGUCGUAUAAAUGACCAAGUAUGCAAGUUCAGCGGAUGUUAUGAGACCGCAUUGAAGCAGCAGACAAGCGGCCAGAACGACGACGAUUUGGUGAAAAAAGCUCACCAGAUUUUUUUCAAUGAUCACCAUUUCAAGUUUGGGCUUGAACAUGCUUGGAGAGAAUUGCGUCAUGACCAGAAGUGGUGCACAGCAGCUGCGGAGAAAGAUCCUGGGUUGAAAAAGAGAAGAAAAUUGUCAGUCUUCAGCUCAGUCGUCACCAAAUUCCCAGCCUGA